CGGCUCCUCCAUCCGAACCUCUCCGUGUGUUGUCUCACUGCUGCGCGGCUCGGCUCGCCUCAGCCGUCUUUUGUUUGACGCUUGCUCGCGGUGGACCACAACCAGCCUCAACAGCCUUCUUCUUUUUUUUUUUUUUUUUUUAAGCCCCCUUUUUCCAUCUUUUUUGACCCCUCCUCUCCAUCCCUCGUGCACGCUCGCAUCCGCGCGCAACUCGUGCGCCCGUCCUCGCAUCCGCCCGCCCGCACUCGGUUUGCACUCGCAAUCACGAUGACCACUAGUUCGGGGGCACCUGGCAGCCGCGUACCUCUGGAACGGUGGGCACCGCACAGCCGCGUCGUCCCGGGGAGCAUGUAAACGCCAGACGAGUUUGGGAUUUUAACGCGAAAAAGGGGGGCAACGAUGAGCAUCUUCUCGCUGUGCUUGCUCCUGUGCGCGGUUCUGCUGGAUUUAGCUGCGGGAUAUCUGACUGUCACCAUCGAGCCGCUGCCUCCCGUGGUCGUGGGCGAGACCGUGACUCUCAAGUGUAACUUCAAGACAGAUGGGAGACUCCGGGAAAUCGUUUGGUAUCGGGUCACAGACGGCGGCACCAUCAAACAGAAAAUCUUCACCUACGACGCCAUGUUUAAUACCAACUACUCUCACAUGGAGGACUACCGCAAGCGCGAGGACCUCGUGUACCAGACAACUGUCCGGCUCCCAGAGGUUCGGAUCUCGGACAAUGGACCGUACGAAUGCCACGUGGGCAUCUACGACCGGGCAACCAGGGAGAAGGUCGUGCUGGCGUCAGGGAAUGUUUUCCUCACCGUCAUGUCCCCUCCGAACAACAUCUCAGUGGUGGCCGAGAACACGCCGGCGCCGUUCAGUCGAUACCAAGCCCAGAACUUCACGCUGAUCUGCACCGCCAAGGGUGGAAAGCCCGCGCCGUCGGUGUACUUCAAGCGGGACGGCGAGCUGAUCGAGGUGAUCUCCUACACUCAGCCGUCAGCCGGCGAUCAGGGCGGCGGCUCGGCGUGGUUCCGAGGAGCCAGGCCGCUCAUCAGCCGCGACCUGGACGAGACCAAGCUGCAGCGCUCCCUCUCCCUGCUGGACCCCGAGAGCCGCUCGGCGCAUUUGUACACGGAACGGCCUCAGCGUGUCCGCACUCAGGGCCUGCGGGCCUCCGAGCCCAGCCCCGCCACCGAGGUCAUCCCCGAAACGGUGGUGAGCCGAGAGUUCCCCCGCUGGGUCCACAGCACGGACCCCCUGUACUACUUCAGCCACACGCACAUCCCGCAAAGCGACGGCUCGGUGGUGGUGCAGGCUCGCCUCACGUGGACCCUCAACCCACAGCUGGAUAACGACGCCCUGUUCAGCUGCGAGGUCAAACACCCGGCGCUCUCCAUGCCCAUGCAGACAGAGGUCACAUUGGCUGCCCCGAAGGGCCCGAAGCUCUAUAUGACCCCCAGCAGGGCCAAAGUCGGAGACACAGUGCGCAUCACUGUGCAAGGAUUCCAGGUAGGACCUCACGGGAACGAGGUGUUCCCGGAGCCCCUCUUCACCUGGACCCGCGUGGGGAGCCGCCUGCUGGACGGCAGCACCGAGCGAGAUGGCAAGGAGCUGAUUCUGGAGCGGGUGCCGGCAGAGCUCAACGGCUCCAUGUACCGCUGCACGGCCCAGAAUCCCCUGGGCUCCACGGACACGCACACCCGCCUCAUCGUCUUCGAAAAUCCAAGCAUGAUGAAAAACACGCAGAGCCAGAACAGCGGAGCCUCACACAUGAACGCCGCGGGCGGCCUGACGUGGAUGGCCCUUGUCCUCACAGUGACCGUGGAACUGACGUGAAAACUCGUACCCUCGCUCUCACAUACUUGCCCUUUGCAUACAACAAACACACACACACACACACAACCAUUUAAAAAGAAAAAAAAAGAGAACAAAUCAUCAGCGUACUUUCCACAACCUUGCGAGUGUUCUCCGGCCCUCAACAGAACGUCUGUCGAAGGCCACCGUGCUGCCACCCAAUGGCGCUCCCCCCAUUUUUUGUAACGAAAAUAAUCACCACGAUAACGCUAUCUAAAGAACAACAAGAUGAACAGGACAAUCUCCUCCCAUAUGUCCCUCCCAAGUUACCCCCCCCCCCCUUUUUUUUUUUUUUUUUUUUUUGUCCCACGUCUGCCUGUUGUGACCAAUAAAAUUAGUUCAAAGUGGAAAGAUGGCCUUCAGAUUUUUUGUUUUGUUUUUGUUGGGUGGGGGGGGUCAAGGUGUCAUUGCAUUUUUCACGCAAAUGUGAAAAGUGGUUCAAACUGGGCCAAACAACAACACAACACGACACACAUCUACGCCACGUCCCGGAACACACCGGAUCAUCACCACAAGCGGGCAGAGGAGGGACGGAUGGCGUGGGCAGGGGCAACGCAGACGGUCCUACAGAACAAUCUAUAUACUAUACAAGUAUCUUUUUUUCUUUGAUUUUGUUUUUUUGUUGUUUUUUUUUGGUUCCUCUUUUUGAGGGCUCAGAAUGUACAAAAAGACUUGAAAUGCAUUGGCAAGCUUGGCAAAAGAAAAUGCUUUUUUGAGUGUAUUUUGUGUACAUCCGUGUAAAUAAUGCAGAUAAUUAAAAGAGGUUUUAUGGGGUUGUGGUGGGGGACGGUCGUCGAGUUGUUUGUACUUCAUCCAUCAGAUCUAAACAUUGGCUGAUAGAACAAAAGCAGCUUUUAUCUGUAUCCCAUUUAUUUUUUUUUAUUUAUUUUUUUUCCCCCGAAAUAUCUAUAUAUCAGUAUGACUGGAAGUGGUCUCAGAAAUGUCUGAUGUUUUCAGGAUUGUGAUUUGGAUUUAUUUCUUUUGUUCAGCACUGCUGCAGCAGUUUGUUGCAGUUACGUUUCCUUGUGUCAUGCUAUCUUAAGUGACCUACAUUGUAUGUGUGUGUGUAUAUACGUAACUCUUUCUCUUUCUCUCUCUCUCUCUCUCUUUCUCUCUUUCUGUCUCGCACGCAGACAUUUGCCGAGAUUAGUCGCAUCACGCUAGCCGCCAUUUUUCCCCCCCACGCCGGACUGAUAAAAACAGGGUUGUUUGCAUCUGUUUCAUUUCACCUGUAUUAAAAGUGGAGAGAUGAACACACUGA